AUGGGAAACAUAAAUAAGAGAGGAAGCAAAGACUUGGUAGUUGAUAGUGACCAGUCACAGCAGGACAGCCCGACAAUCACAGUGGACAAUCAACUUUGUGAUGCCAUAAUCAAGGAAGACUGCUCCACAAUCAAGGCACUUCUCAGAAGCCACCCUGUCAACCAGCCCCUGACCAUCCUGACCAGCUACAGAUUAUUAUUUGAGCAGCAGACAUGCACCGUAAUCCCCAUCCACCUGGCCGCAGAGUACUGCAAGCCACGGAGUUUGCUUUGUUUGCUGGAACACGGGGCUGACCCAGAAGUGAGGGACACACAAGGACAUACCACGCUGCACCUGAUGCUGCUUCACUGGCCCAUCGUGUCUUCCACCUGGACAAAACCAGGGAACAGAAUCCAAAGGCUCAUGGCCGACAUUCAGAACAACGCUGUCUCAUGUCUCCACAUUUUGUUCCAACAUGGAGCUCAAGUUAACGCACAAGUGGGCAAUAGCAACAAAUACUCCCCUCUCCACCUGGCCAUAACAUACGGGACCCAUCCAAUUCUCUCACUUCUGGCCCAGAAUGGGGCCCAGGUCAAUGCUGUCAACGAAUCCAGCAUGACACCCCUCCACAUGGCAGCAGACAUACUGAAUGAGAACAUGAUAAAGACCCUCAUUGCCUGUGGGGCCAAUGUGAACUGUGUCAUCCCACACAACGGGAACACGGCCCUGAAGCUGGCAGUGUGCACCGCGUCGAGCAAAGCGGGCCAACUGCUGUCAGCAGGGGUGGGCUGCAUCCGCCUGCUGCUAAUUCACGGAGCCCAUGUCAACGCUCAAGACCACGAAGGCCAAACAGCUCUGCACGAGGCAUGCUGUGGAGGCAGAGAAGCCAUCAUCAAUCUCUUGCUGGAAUUUGAAGCAAAUGUUAACAUUUUAACAAAAAAUGGGGAAUCUGCAAUUUAUAUGUAUCUUCAGCGUAGCUCCAACAUCAGAGACUUGAUGGUUCUGACCAGGCUCCUUUACUGCAGUUACCCCUUGAGACUGACCAACAGGCAAGGGGUUCUGCCUGCGGGAAUCAUGCUGCCAGAAUUUCAGUUACUAAAGGAAACUUUAGUAAGGUUAGCUCGGAAACCUUUACCCCUAGAGGAUAUCUGUAAGAAAAACAUCAGAAACAUUUAUGGGAAGAAAUACAAAUACUAUGUGAGGCAACUUCUCCCAGGGAAGCUAUGGAACUCCAUAUACAACUGCUACGACUUAGCUGACGUCCUCAAGGGAGACCUCUGA